CCCACUGAGUGGGGCCAGGGAUUGAACCUGCAUCCUUACGUAUACUAGUCAGGUUCGUUUCUGCUGAGCCACAAAGGGAACUCCCAAGAUGUAUCCAUUUCUAUUUUAAUUUUUUAAAUGGGAUCAAGAUGUGCAUACUGUUAUAGCACCUUUUUGCAUUUUGAUAUCAUAAAUGUAUUUCAUAUCAAUACAGUUUUAAAUUUCAAGAUAGUAUUAUACUAAAGAACCAUAGUUUUUUUUUUAUCAAUCCAUUAUUAUUGGCAUUUAUGUUGUUUCUUAUUGACAGGUCUCUCUUAAUAGCUCACAGUAAAUGGUUAUCCAGCCAGUGCUUUUUUUUAGAUUUAGCAUUUGUAUAAAUGUCACCAUGUAGUAUGUUACUGUGUUUAGCAGCUGUGUCACAAUGCUGGAUAAUAAGGAGCUUGUGGGAAACUCUACAAUAAGCAGUUCCUCUUUAUACAAAGUAUUGCCAAGCCAUUUUUCCUUUAUCUUUUUGAUGUCCUCAUUAAUUAAAUAAUAAAAAUACUGAAUAAGAUCAAAGGACAAAAGAUGUGAUGUUUCCCUAAAGACUUCUCUCUACAGCAACAUAGCACUCUUCUUUGAGGGUAAGAUUGUUAAGCCAGUGUUUUUUUUUUUUUUUUUUUGUGGUGAUAAUAUGUAAUAUCUAUUUCAGGAAUUUGAUAUUUGUAGUAUGUUUACUACUAAUAGGACAGAGAAGCAAUCACAACUGCUUUAUUCAAAAGUAUCACCGCAAUUAUUAAAAUUUAAAUCACUACAAGAACCCCUGGAAAAACAAACCAACAAAAAUCCCCAGGUACAAUGACCAUUCUGUGUUUAUCAUGGUGAGACCAAGGUUCUUUGAUAGAAAAAGGGGUAAGACACAAGGUAUAAAAGUUUGACAGCCCAUCUCUAGUUCACAUUUCACCAUCUGGUCCAAAAGUAUAUUUUGGAGAUGGUUUUCGUUGCACUGUUAAAUUUAUGCCAUUCAUUACUCUGAUACUACCUAGGUCAUUCCAGAUUGUUAGAAUUAUAGAAAAGUCUAGCAGCUUCACUAGUGUGAAAAUUGGAAAUACAGAAAUAACAUUAAUACUAUUUUGUUCAUCCAAUAGUCUUUUAAACUGUAAGUGUAAAACUUUAAUGUUACUAGAAACUGAUAAUAAUACCAGGUAGUGAUUUAACAAAGUGAUAGACAAACAGUUUAAAAAAUUGAGAAUUAUAAGUUAUUUAAAUAUCAGCCUAGUAAAUUAUGAUAUUCUCUCCCUAUUUCUGACACACUGCAGUUGUCUGACACAUAAAUAUACAGAGAUAUUUAUAUGUGAUGUAUUUUUUCAGUGUUCGUGUGUAUAGACAGAGAUAGAUGAGGAUUUAUGUAUAUAUGCAUAGAAAUAUGUAAGCAGCAGAGGGACAUAGUUAGUGAGGUAGACGUGCUAAGUCACUUUAUAUUCUCAUUUAAUCCUACCAAUAAUCCAGUGAAAUAGGUACUAUUCUUAUCCUCUUUUUUUUGGUGAAAAUUGGCAUACAGAGAGGAGAAGUAACUUGUCCACAGUUACAUAGUCAUUAAAUAAUAGACCUUGGUACUCAAACUGUGGUCUCAAUGCUUUAUGGUAUUGGAGCUGAUAUAUAUGUCCAAUAUGUUUCUACCUGUUGGACUAUCUAUUCAUUAAAGAUGAUCUGAGGUAUUUUCUGUCUACUAAUUUAGCGUUACCCAUUUCUCUCCUGGCUGCUCUCUGUCUUGAAAGUGUAUUCUAUUUUAAAUGCUUUUUUUCUGGCCACGCCCACAGCUUGUGGAAGUACUUGGGCCAAGGAUCAAACCAGUGCCACAGCAGCCACCCAGCCUGUUGCAGUGACAAUGCCGGAUCCUUAACCCACUGCGCCACAAUAGAAUUCCUGUUCUGUUUUAAACACAUUUAAAGAACAAAGCCCAUUUGUUUGUCCUAUAAAUUUUUCAUAGAACAAUGUUAUGUCAGAUAACUUUUUUUAGUUAAAAAUAGAAUGAAUGGUUAACAUACUGUGAGUUUUGCCAUCAAGUUUUGUUUUAAAAUAAUAUGAUGAAAUCAAAUACUAAAUUUGAAAGAUUAUGAGGAAAAAAUUUGAAGUUCCUUGGGCAGUACAUACUUAAAAUAUCAUGCAUGAUCAGGCCUUGUUCUUCUGGAGGAAAUUAUAGCUAAAUGUACUAAUUUGUUCUUAUUUUAAUCAUUAUAAGCAUCUAGAGAAUUCAGUAUGCUAAUUCAAACAUAGGUUCUACCCUGCUCAUACUAUCCAAUAUAAUAAUGGGCAUUUAUAUAGUAUAAUGUCUUGAGACUUACUGAAAUUCAGAUAACAAACACCUUUAGGCAAUGGGACUGUGUAAACAUAGAUAGCAGUUACCUGAAAUCUGUGAAAAUGAGUCAUUUAGUUAAAAAUAAUUUUACUAAAUUAUAGCAUCUCAGAGUAUCAUCCCUAAGGAUAAAUAUUUUUAGAUGAAAAAGAUUCCUGAUUUACCAGGAAUCAAACAUUUUUAAAAUGUAUGGGCCAAAAUGCAGGCUUUAGUCUUUAUAGGUAAAAUUUCUGUUUUAAAAACUAUAAACAUAGUUUGCUCUGUUUCUAAAAAAUGCUUUCAAAGUAUCUAUGUUUUAAAGCAUAAAGAAAAAGACUGGCUUCUUUCAUUGUCAUUUGUUUUGGCUUAGCAUUGUUCCCCCGCCCCACCGCCCCCCUGAGGAUAUAACCUAUAUACCAGCCAAGGCUUUGAUUGAGUGGUAAGUUGAGUGCUUUUAGAUUUAACUAUCAUAUAACAUAUCACUUUAGUUCUUAAGGGGGCACCUGAAUUAGUGUUGUAUAAAAACUGGGUAAAAUGACACUUGAUUGCCCCUGACAAUAAGGCAUUAAUUUUCUUGACAGGCUCUUGUAUUGUGAAUGUGUCACAUUUAUUUAUUAACUCAAAAGUUUUAUCAUUCUAAAUUUUCAUAUCCCCUGAAAGCUAGAUCAGUUGGGUGUGAUUAGGUGCAGUGUUUCCUUUACUAGGCGUAACUGUUGAUGUAUGCUUUAUAAGUUUUCUAAACCACAUUGAUUUGCUUGAGACAUAUAAAUUUGUUUUAUUUUGUUAAUGUCUGGAGCACACAUAUGCAGCUCUGAAGUUUACCCUUUUAACAGAAAUGACAUAGGAGAUGAAGUGAUAGACUGAAGGAGUGAAUAUCGUGGUUUCUUUGCACAUCCCAGGCCUUGGUCAUUCCCAUAGAACUGGCCAAGAAUCCUCACAGAGAAAUAUUUUAGUCUCUUAGUUAGUCUCGGAUUUAAUAUGAAUAGCCUGCUCUCCUUAAAAGUGUGAGAGUCUCACUGUGUUGAUUUUUUGUUACUCUGUAAUGAGAAGAUAGAUCAGAUCAAGAUCCUACUGUGCUGAUGAAGUCAGUUUAGAAGAGGAAAAGGUCACUGUUGUCUUAAUUUUAGAUUUACUGUACUUUUUUUUUUUCGUUGCCUGGCGGGAGGGUAUAGGUAAGACAGACUGCUCUUUAAACCUUUUCUCUUGGUGUACAAAUAAAAUUCUUGGAGUUAAGGGGAGGGCACAUUGUUAAAAUUGAUCGAUUUGAAGUUAAUAUUAAAAUUCAAUGUUGUGAUUUUUUUCAUAAAUCAAUUUAAAACUGUGUAAAUUAUUUUCUUAUCCUUCUUCCUUUCUUGCUCUUAUAUUUUAAAAACAUUGCCUUGAUGAAAACGACACAUUAGUGGGUAUAAGUUGAAAAUAAUAAUAUUCCCCAAGGCAUUGAAUUUUCUACAUGAGAAUAUGGCAGUAAUGAUUUAGAAAUGAUCUUGAGUGACUGGAGGAAUGCUAACCUCUUACUCCCCCCAUCCUCUGUUACGAUGUUAAUACAGGGGUUAGGAAUAUUAAAGACUUCCUCCUCUAGGAAGGGCUACCAGAGAAAGGUGUCCUCUGGGCUUUUAUUAAGGCAAAUAGAUCUCCAGAGGAAGCAUUUUGUGAAGACAGUGAGGCAUAGGGGAUUGUCAAUUGCUAAUUAGUAAUUAUAGUAGCAACAGCAGAGGUGAAGUAGAAAAAGCGUUGUCAGAAGGGAUAAUGGGAAAGAAGGCUCAUGGAAGAAGCAGCCCAGAGUAGAAUAAGCAACUAAAGACCAUAUUUGAGUCAAAGAGUGGCCAUAGAUAUGGGACUAUAGUGCAUACUGUGAUAAACUGGAUUUAGUCAGGUUUAUUUCUUGGGGUUUUUUUGUUUGUUUUGUUUUUUGGUUUUUGUUUUUGUUUUUAAUAGUCACAGGCAAAGGUAAGAACUGAUCUACUCUGUUUGAAAUCAGAUUGGGAGUCUAGAAUCCUGUAAACUCUACCUCUUUUUCCCUUGCCUGACUUCUUUCCCAUUAUCCUUUGUAUGGAAAGCUCAGACUAGUGUAAGAGAAAUGGAAAUAAUUGUCCUGAAAAGGCUAUAACAUUAGCUGUUAGAACGUUUUUCAACUAUAGAUAUUUCUAAAUGUAUGUCUAAAAGCAGGAACUCAAUUUUUUAAAAAAAACUUAAUAUCAUUAUCACACUUUAAAAAGUUAGAAUGAGUCCUUAAUUAUCAUCAUACACAUCAGAUUUCAGAUUUUUCCAGUUGUAACUUUGGCUUUUUGUGGGGGUUUUUUGGUUGAUUGGUUUGUUGGUUUUUUACAGUUUACUUGACUUAAAUAAGAUCCAUAUGUUGCAGUUGGUUGACGUAUCUCUAAAGUGUUUCUUAAUCUAUAGCUUUUCUCUCUCCAGAUUAAUAAUUGAUGAGACAUACUUACAGAUAUACGGUAUUGAUGAUCAGAGUAUCUACAUUGCAAGAAAACAGGAAAUGUUAGUAAUUAGCCAACUUAAUUCAAUGGUAAAUAACAUCUAUAUAGUUGUUUUCUGAGUUUGUCUUCUAAUCUGGUCUUGGAAAGUAAGUAUCCUGAUUAUCCUAUUCUGGUUAGGAAAAUAGAUCUUUAAUAAAAGUGGAAUGGUUGGUGAUUACCCUAGAUCCCCUUAGAAACUACUUUGAAAACUAAGAUCACUUGACUUUUUUAGCAGACUGAUGAAGAUGCUUUUGUCUUUCUUCUUUGUAUUACAUCCAGGUGUGAGUUUAAAAUAGGUUGCAUGUAGCCUGAAGAUGAAUAUGAUUUGUAGUGUAUUAGUCAGCAUAGAUUGUAUUAUGAAGUAGUGAGAAAAAAACCACAAAACCUCAGUGGUUUAAAACAACAAAGUUUAUUUCUUGUUCUCUUUGCAUGUCCAUAAUGGUCAGAGGUAUCUUUGCUUGUAAUAAUCACUUAGGGACCUUAUGGAGCAGCCACUGUUUCAAUCAGUGCUGAUCUUCACACUAGAAAUAAAGGGAGGAAAAAAAGAGUCCAAGGAGAUUGUGAAAUUAGUCAUCUAUGUGCCUCAGAGAAAAGAACUAGCUAUUGGUAAGCAGGACAAGUAAAUAUUGUAAGUAAUAAUUCUAUCACUGGACUGUUGGCAAAUCUAUUCAUCCAUUCAUUCAUUCACUUAUUUAUUCAUUCAUUAAUCACAUAUUUAUUGAAUGGAUGCCUUGUGCAUUUCACUGUACUAUACAGUGGAAAUAUUAAAGUGAACUGAUCAUUUUGCAUCCCUCUUCUCUAGGUUCUCAGAGUCUAGUAGAGACAAGAAGCAGGUUAUUUUCUAUAUUAGGAAUCAGCAAAGUAUCACCCACAGGCCAGAUCUGGCUUGCAGCCUGGUUUUAUAUGGCCCUUAAGCUAAAAAUGUAUUACAUUUUUAAAGGAUUGAAAAAACAAAUGAACAAAAAGGAAUAUGCAGCAGAGACUGUAAGUGGCCCACACAGCCUAAAAUAUUUACUGUAUGACCCUUUACAGUAAAAAACUUUGCUGACCUGUGUUCUGCAACAUCUGUUCAUAAAUUUGAUGCUCCUCAAACUAAGUAUUAUUUAGCUCAUUGUCAGAUAAAAGACACACAGUGAACUUGAAAGGCCAGGACAUCUCAACAGUGUGCCUUUUGUUUGAUCUGAUACUACAUUUCUGUGGAAAUAUAAAUCUUUUUCUGUGUUGCUGGAGUGCUGAUUUUAUUGUCAUCUUGAGGGGUGUUAUUACUGGGCAUUGGAGACAUAGGAUCUGUAUUAAUUUUAAUGCAUAGUUAGGUAGUCACAAGAAGGUCAGAGCCCUAAAAUGUAUAUAUUUAGAUGUUAAAGUAAUGAUUUGUUUGGGAACAGGAAGUAAAGCACCAUGAGGAUAUCUGCUUCCUUGGAGAAAUAGAACCUAAACUUUAUAGACUUUAGAAAUCAAGGGCAGUGGAUGGAAGUACACAUAAAAUCAGAUUUUUUAAAAAAAUUUUCCAUUCUAUGGACUGGGCUUCUCAAUUAAGGAUUAUAAUUGCAGAUACUUCUUAAACUGAACAAGGGGCUGAGGUUCAAAGUAUAUGGGAAUCAAAUCCUAUAUAUUAAAGUCCCUACUAUGAAAGAGGCACUUAAUAUAGAAGGACAAAUGAAAAGUCACUCCUGGUACUUCAAAUUCAAAAUAAAGGAACAGGAGUUCCCAUUGCGGCUCAGUGGAAACAAAUCUGACUAGUAUCCAUGAGGACGCAGGUUCGAUCCCUGCCCUCACUUGGUGGGUUAAGGAUCUGGUGUUGCUGUGGCUGUGCUUUAGGCCAACGGCUACAGCUCUGAUUCAACCACUAGCCUGGGAACCUCCACAUGCUACAAGUAUGGCCCUAAAAAGAGCAAAAAAUAAAUAAAAAAUAAAGGAAGAGGGUAGUCUUCAGAUUGAGAGGAAGAGAAUUGUAUAAAACAUAUCUGGUUUAUUCUAAAGCAAUUUUGGUGGAAAAGGCUCCAAAAUAUAUAACUUUUAUAUCACGUGGAGAGAAAAGAUGCCUUGAGCUUACACUUAUUACAGUCUCGUAUUAACUCUCAGAGGUCAAUUCAGUUGUAGCCCCAUUUUUUUUUUUUUUUUUUUUUUUUUGCAUUUUGGAUUAUAGAACUGUGACAGAUUCCCACCACUUUUAGGAUUCACAUAAAGUAUUCUAAUAUGUGAACUGUAGAUUGUGAAUGCCAAAAACAUCUGUUUAACAACAGUCUAUAUAUAUAUAGGAACCAAAUUUUUAUAGAUUUGUGGAAUAUUCUCAUUCAAAUCUGGAGCUUCAGAGCUUGAGUCCUUAAACAUUACUCUCUACUAUUUUACAAGGAAUAGAGUUUGUUUUCUUAACAAUUGCAAGCAUAUUUUUUUCAAGUGAUUCCUAAGGCUCUUUCUAGUUUUAUGGCUAUGACUGGAUGACAGACAAGGCUUUGGUCUAUGAUUCCAGUAACUCUGAUUAGAUUCAGAGCUUGUAUACUGAAUGUCCUGUGUACACUUGUUUACUUUAUGUAUUUUACCAGCCUUCUAUUUGUUUGAGGACCAGCAGAUUGCUCUAAAUACACCAAAUGUGCCAGUAUUUACUAUGGGUUAUGUAUGAUCUACUUUCCAUGGCUGUUGACUGCUGCUAUAUGUAAUUCUGAGAUUAUAAUUUAAAAUCACCUUUUCCUUAUGUCAGCAUUUUAUUGUUAAUUUGCAUUAACUGAACUGCCCUACAACUUAGCCACUGCAAAUGUACCAUUAUAUAACAAGGUCAUGGGACUGACUGCCCUUUGUACAGCAGCUAAAAUAGUCUAGUGUAAAUGUAUAAUCCCAUAUUUCUUUAAACACACAUCCUUUGAUCCUUUCAUGUGUCUAAUUUCUGCUUUUCAGAUUUAGCUUUUUGUUGGUAAUUGUGAAUUUCUUUUGGUUAAUGCUAAUUGUGAAUACCCAGUUUCACGUAACUGGGUAUCACAGCUAUAAUUUGGAAUCAGCUGAUAAUCCUGUCAUUGUGUUGGAAAAUUUAAUAUCAUAAAAGAAUAGGUGUAUAAUUACUGUCAAUAUUUUAUUAACUAUCACGAUAUUUUAUCAUAAAAAUAUUCAUGGAGAUGAAUGCUACACAGACUGGAACAAAUGACCAUAUACCUAACUUUUCAAGACACAUUGAAAGAAAAAAUAAUAUUCAGUAUUGUUGACUCAUCUUUCUCAUCUAUUCUCAAUUUUUAGCUUUUCUGUCUUCAUUUUGAGUAACUCACUGAAAUAUAUUUUCAGGUCAACCUCAUUAAAGUUUUUAAAACAAAAUUGAAAUGAUCAAGUGUCUGAAAUUAUUCAUUGCCACCUCGGCCAGUUAAUUCAUAAAAUGCUGACCUGGAAUUUCAGCAGAAUUAUUAAUAAUUUGGCUCUAUCUUCCAAUGUCAAAACCAUCAGCUUUAUGUUGCUAUUAUCCUGAGUACUAGAUUUGACCUAACUUCGUUCAUCCUAUCUUAUAUCAGUGACUUUCAAACGUUUUAGAGAAUGACAGUAGUGCUAGUGGGAGUAACCACCCCUAAGGUUAUUGGGUUAGAGAAGUGUAGUCAGUUGUAAUAAUACAAACUAGAGAAAGUAAAACUUCUUAGAAUAUUUUUGGGUAGUGGAUGAAUAUAGAAAAUAUGCCAUUUUCUGUGUGUCUGAAAUUCUCAAGUCAAAGAGGCAGUCUCUGUCUAUCCAUGGCAUCCCUAUUUCAGCUAUAGUGACCACUUUCCUGCCUACUAAAACUUGCCUUAGCCCAUUUUCAUUAGUGUCCAGACCCCUGAAACUCAUUUAAUUUUAAUUCAAUAAACCAUGUUGUCAUGUUAUUAAACACUAUCUCUAGUGCUUCUUUUGAAAUUAUUAAAACAAAGUCAAAACAGAAGAAAAACCUUUAGUCUUCUAAUGUAAAGGAAAUUUAAAAUUGAAAUGAAGGUGAAGUCUGAAGAUAACUGAAUUAGAGACAAGUGAUUAAUCUUUCCCUCAGUUAUAGCAAAUAGAUGUCCAUGACUUAAAAUGAUGAGUAAGUACUGGUCCAGCUGAGGCAUUUAUAUCUUGCAAUGCAAGAGAUGUAUUAAAAUCAUAACCUUCAAUAAAAUGUACAGAAACUCAUUGUGUUCUGUGCUUAGUUGUAAACAUGUCUUCUAUAGAUGGCAAGUUUCAGCUAACUUCAAAAAAUGAUCCAGGAGGAGUUCCCAUCGUGGCUUAGCAGAAACAAAUCUGACUAGUAUCCAUGAGGACUCAGGUUUGAUCCCUGGCCUCGCUCAGUGGGUUAAGGAUCCAGCGUUGCCGUGAGCUGUGGUAUAGGUCACAGACGUGGCUUGGAUCCUUUCUUGCUGUGGCUGUGGUGUAGGCCAGCAGCUGUGGCUCUGAUUUGACCCCCUAGUCUGGGAACUUCCAUAUGCCGCAUGUGUGGCCCUAAAAAGACAAAAAAACUAAAAAAACUAAAAAAAAAAAAAAAAAAAAGAUCCAGGAAUAUUGAGUCAUGAGAGAAGCAGAAGUUUUAAUUUGAAUAAAUAUUCCUUUCUUUAAAAAGUGUGAUUCAUUAGUUUUCUGAACUUGUGAGUUAUAUUUUUGGAACCUAGUAUUUUAAUAAUUGAUAAAUAAAUGGUUAUUAUUACAAAAAAUGACCUCAUUGAUUUUGCCAUUAACUUUAACAGCAAAUCUAAAGUACAAAUGUGUUGUAAUGUAAAUACAACAUUUAUUAUAUUAAUAAUACUUGAACAAUACUUCUAGCAUCAUAUUUUAACCUAGCAUACUUUAGGCUUAAAAUUUUAGAAUGGAGUCUCAAUUUAAAGACUAGUUAGGCUUAAAAUAGAUGUUUUACUUACAUUUUUAAGAUUUUUAGGUGAUUUGGGAGAAAGAUAAAUACAUAUGUGUUUCUUUUGCUAAUUUGUGGAUCUCCUGAAUUUUAAAGUAAACAAAAAUUGUGAAGAAAGGAAAAAUGCUUAAAAUCAAAUAAAAAUAUUCAAAAUUAUUGCAUAUUAUAAUUACAACUAUGUAAAUAUCCAACUAUUUAAACAUUAAAAAUGUUAGAAGGUAAUGUAGCGAAAUCCCGAAUGAUUGUUUUAAGUUGCUAAGAUUAGGGCCCUUUUUUUCUCUCUUCUAGAUUCCAAUAUUUCUGUAAUAUGGUUGUUACAUUUAUGAUGAGAAUAAAUAUGUUUUUACAAAAUGUAUUAAAAGAAGCUAGGAUUAAAUAUAGAAAGCAUUUGCUGUUUCUAAUUAUGGCAAAUGUUUCAAAGGCACUUAUAUUAAAUGUAAGGAUAAUUCAUGUACUCGAAAGACCAUACUUUCUUUGGUGUAUAGUUCAGUAUAAGAAGCAGCUCGUGGCUUACUGUGUCAGGGUGCUAGCAGUGUAAAAGUGGUUAAAUAGAUGUCAACUUGUUUAUUUUCUUCUUCAAGCAUCAGCAUUCCCCCAAACACCUAAAUAAAAACUAUGAGAAUGGGGUUCUUUUCUGUCUUUUUAGAUUGUUGCAUCCUUAAGCAUUUAGAAUCAUUUCUGGGAUAUAGUAGGAGCACAAUGAAUAUAUGUUGAAUAAGCAAAUAACACAUGAGAUAUGCAAUUAACUCCUAAUUAAUUAUGUUACAUUAUAAAUUACUGAUGUUGCCUGUCCCCUACCAUUUCCCCUAGUUUAAGCUGUAAAACCAGGGGACUGUGAAAUUUGUCACAAGUAUUAAAGAAACUUGAACUAUAGAGAAUGUAUCCACGUGAAGCCAAGCAAAAUCAACCCUGUUAAGCAGUUAUAUAUAUUUCCAUCACUCAUAGCAAAACAUCUGACUCUGAGGAAGAAUGAGAGUACAGUUGGCCCUCAGUAUUGGUGGGUUCCACAUCCAUGGAUACAGAGGGCCAACUAUGGAAUUUGAGCAUUUGUAGAUCCUCAGUGGGUCCUGGAACCAUUAUUCUGCAAAUACCAAAAGACUACCAUACAUUAAGAAAGGCAGAGAGGGAUUUCGCAUCAUGGCACAGUGGAAAUGAAUCUCACUGGGAAGCACGAGGUUGUAGGUUCAAUCUCUGGCCUCUCUCAGUGGUUUAAAGGUCCAGCCAUUGCCAUCAACUGUAGUGUAGGUCACAGACACGACUCAGAUCUGGUGUUGCUGGGGCUGUGGUGUUGGCCAGCAGCUGCGGCUCUGAUUCGACCCCAAGCCUGGGAACCUCCAUAUACCUUGGGUGUGGCCCUAAAAAGACCAAAAAAAAAAAAAAAAAAAAAAGAGAGAAGUGUUAGACACACCCUAUAAAUCCUAAUCUGCUUUCUAUAAAUGGACCCUGUAUUGCAGCAAAACCCAAGAUGCCAGGCACUCAGAAGGCUUCCUAGAUUGUUCUUUGCAUGCUUAGAUGGCCUGAUGCACUCUACUCUGGGGCUACCUCAAGGUCAUUGUACUCAUCCUUCUAUUUCUUCCACAUAGUGCUCACUGCACUAUCACUCAUGCUUUUGUGGCGGAAUUUCAGGUAUCUUAGCACACAAACCAUACAAAAUAACAGUAACUACUCUUUUUGAAAGUGAUUGCAUUAAUUUGAUUAAUUGAUUAUAGGUAAAUCAUUUAAUCUUCCUCUCAGCCAACAUACUCAUUAUUUCCUUUUAUUAACUUCAAUGUGAUGUGUAAAUAAUUUUUUUAGAGUCUUCUGAAUUUUUCCAUUUUCAUUUGUUCUAUAGUCUCAUUCUUUUUGUUUGCUGUGUCCUACCAUGCUUCUUUCCUCUUUAAGGAAAUUUUUCACACUUCAUGUGCCAAAGCCAGAGGCAUUUUUCAUGAAUCCUCUAAACUUCAUCAAAGUAUAUUCCUUUCUCUAGUCCUACAUCUCUAAAAUUUUAGGCUGAGACUGCUCUCUCCAGAACCACUGGAAUGUUUAUAUGAGAGGGUCUGUCAAUAUGAAACAUGAGUUUUCUAAUUCUUGUCACUCAUUCAGUGUUUUCUGUGAUAACGUUCCUUUUCUAGGGCACAUACCCACCUCCGUGUCAAGCUUCCUUCAAGUCUCUCUGUUGCUUUUGGCUCUGACAGGUUCUCUAUAAACUCCUCAGAUUUUUGCCAUUUGCCCAGGACCACGAGCAUCUCAUUGUGGACUGUUCUUCAUUUCAGAUGGUCCUAGUUCCCAUUAUUCAUCUUUUGGCCCUUCUCUAUCUUUGAUGAUUUACAUUAGCUCAUUCUUAUACCUAUUCAGUCAUUCAACAGACAUUUAUUGAGUCAGUAUCAUGCACCAGAGCUGUGCAGGGUGUUAGGGUAAAAGGUAAAAGGAGCAAACAUGGUCCAAAACCGUAGGGAGUUUUCUCCCCAGUUGAAAGAUAAAACGUAACCUCACACUUACUUCCAUUACUUAAUCUGCAUGUGAUUUCAGGGGAAAAAGGCUUUUAUUACAGAAAUUUCUUGUUCAUUUACAACCCCAAAAGGAAUAAUCUUUUCUUUUUUCUGGUAGCCUUGGCACAACUGCAAGACCAUUUUGCAUGUGUCCAACAAAAUGAGUAGCCCCUAUAAAAGUCAUGUUAAUAAUAAAAACCCCUAUAGGACAAUAGAGGGGGUGACUCUUCUUCCCCCUCCCAGCUGUCCUGGGAGCUGUUUGUUUUCUCAUAAUAAAGACUUUGCUUGCCUAAAAAAAUAAUAAUAAUUAAAACCUAUACUCAUUAGGCAUUGUGCUUUUGUCCAUUAUAGGCAUGAUUUCCUAUGAUCCUCACAACAAAUUUAUGAAAAAAUGGGCACAAAGAAGUUAAGUUGCUUGCCCAUAGUUUUUCAGAGGGUGGAGGUUUAAAUUCAAGUCUGUUCUGUCCCAGAAUCUGAACUCUUGUGGCUCAUGUUAGCUGAUUUCUAUCACAUUUGAAAUUAAUCAAAAGUUAAAUUUAUAAAAUUUGCAUUCCCCCUUUGCCCUUAUUAAACAUCCAGUAUAUCUGCUGUAUAAAAUGUUAUGGAAUCUUAGUUUCAAAAGUCAAGAUUUAACCAUAUCACAAACCUACUUUUUGGUUGGUUGAUUGUGAUUAUGAGAGAGAUUAUGACUUUUGAAACAUUGGGAAAUAUUUACUAUCAGGUGGAAAAUAUUUUUGUGAAAGGCUUGACUGCAUAUUAGUAUUAUUUUUUUAUUUUAAAUUGUAACCUCUGAAAGUCAGUAGAUAUAUUUUCUUUGUUAAAUUUUUUUUAAAAUGAGAAGGCAUCAUACUUGUUUCCUCCCAAGUAAAUUAUGUAUAUUUUUCACUUUAUAAUAUUCACUUAACAUAUUUCAUCUAUAAAUUAGACAGAACAUCCCAGUCAAGGCCCUAUGUUCCCUUCUACCCUUAUUAAAAUAUUUCUCUUUUUAUUCAUUGUAUAAUUAAAGAAAAAUAUUUUUUAAUCCUUCACAUUUUUACUCUCAGGAAACUCUUUCUGCUAGGUACAGAUUACACAAAGUAAUUGAAGACCUGGUUUAGAAAUACUAUAUAAGUCUUUUUUGCCUGUUUGCAGUUUAACAGUUUCAUUUUGUAGAAUACAGAUUUAUGUAGUACUUAAAAGCAUGGGACUUGAAGUCAAAUAACAAGAUCCCUGCCCUUUUUUGCCAUUGAUACUGGGCAAAUGACUUAACUUUUUCCAUGCUUCUAUUCUCAAAUAGGAUGCCACCACCUUCCUGUGACAUGCCUACCUUGAAACUUCAUCUUUAUAUUGGGAUUAUAAAGUUCUACCCAACCAGAAUUUAAAUAUUCCAAAAACAAAGACAUAAAACAAAAGAUGCUUAUUGAGGAUAUCAUUUUCUGUGUGUGGGAAUUAGAUACUGAAGGUUACAUGGUUUACAGACAAGAUCUUUAAAAAGAGACAUUCAAGGACCAAGGAAAUAAAUACCAGAAACCAAGAGCACAGAGUAUUUUCCUUCAUCAAUCCAUAGACUCUUCUCUAGUUUAAUCAAACACAAAAGAAUGACCACCUUGGCAAAUGGCCACAGAGGAUGUCAACAAUUUUUUGGAGAGAGAAGAGGUACUCCUUUAUAGGGACUCAUAAAGGCAUAGAGCAUCCAGAGAUUUACUGCCUCCACUACACUGCUGGGUCUCACAGCACGUGUUAUGUUUUCAUCUGUUUCUCUCCAGAAGAGGUUGGAAACGCAAGUGCCUACAGAGGCCAGGCUGGUGGGAAUGAAGCAGGAAGCCACUGCAGUGAACUGGAGAACCAAGUCCUUUGUGAGGGAGCAGCCACUGCUCCGUUCCAGAUAAUUGUUGCAAGGCAGGAAUGUUGACCUAGUGUUACCACAUUGUCCAGUUUCUCAGGCUACAUUAUUGGAAUUUUGAAGACAUGAAAACAUCAGGUGAACCAACCUACAACAUCUUGGAUUCAGAUUGGAAGAUGAAGAGAAAGUUUAAAGAAUGUGGUCUAUAAAGGCGGGUAGUACCUGGAAAUAUUAACUGACUCACACUGUAAAAAUGAGACCAGUUUCUAAACAUUAGAAGUUAGUCCAACAUCAAGGUUCAAGACAAAAUGUUGAACUAAAACUUACACUCCUCUCCUCCCCCACUUCAGACAGGUACCAGCAUUGGUGAGCAUGAUGUUCUUUAGUCAGAAGCACUUGUUUUCACCCGUGUAGACCAUGCUUAAGAAUUAAACAUCGGUCACUUAAUGCAGAGUAUAAUGGGAAACUGAUUUUUUCUAAAAUGGCAGAUUUCAAGGACUUGGUUCCAAACUGAGCCGAAGCUUCCCAAUGCAUUUUGUGCAGUCUGGGGAAAACUGUGCUGCAUUGGCCAUUUUUGAAGGCCAUGAUGCCCUGUAAGAUAAGGAUAUCAUCUUAUUGCUGAUAUCUUUGGGGAGUCCCAAGCAGACACAGAAAAUGAAUGGAGGCAAGGAGUGUGACGGAGGGGACAAGGAUGGAGGUCUUCCAGCUAUACAAGUUCCUGUGGGUUGGCAGCGACGCGUGGAUCAAAAUGGAGUGCUUUAUGUCAGUCCCAGUGGGUCUUUGUUAUCUUGCUUGGAGCAGGUUAAAACAUACCUGCUUACUGACGGAACAUGCAAGUGUGGCUUGGAAUGUCCUCUUAUUCUUCCCAAGGUGUUUAAUUUUGAUCCUGGAGCUGCUGUGAAACAGAGAACUGCAGAAGAUGUUAAAGCAGAUGAAGAUGUCACAAAGCUAUGCAUACAUAAAAGAAAAAUCAUUGCAGUGGCCACACUUCAUAAAAGCAUGGAAGCCCCACAUCCUUCUCUGGUGCUCACCAGUCCCGGAGGAGGAACAAAUGCAACUCCAGUAGUACCUUCACGGGCCGCAACUCCAAGAUCUGCAAGAAAUAAAUCUCAUGAAGGAAUUACAAAUUCUGUAAUGCCUGAAUGUAAGAAUCCUUUCAAGUUAAUGAUUGGAUCAUCAAAUGCCAUGGGAAGGCUAUAUGUACAAGAACUGCCUGGAAGCCAGCAACAAGAACUCCACCCUGUCUACCCCCGGCAAAGAUUGGGCAGCAGCGAACACGGACAGAAAUCUCCAUUCCGUGGCAGCCAUGGAGGCCUGCCCAGCCCAGCGUCAUCAGGUUCCCAGAUAUAUGGAGAUGGCUCAAUCUCUCCAAGGACUGACCCACUUGGAAGCCCUGAUGUUUUCACAAGAAGUAAUCCUGGUUUUCAUGGAGCUCCCAAUUCCAGUCCUAUUCACCUGAAUAGGACUCCUCUUUCUCCACCUUCAGUAAUGCUACAUGGUUCUCCUAUACAGUCAUCUUGUGCAAUGGCUGGAAGGACUAAUAUACCUCUUUCCCCAACCUUGACUACAAAGAGUCCAGUAAUGAAAAAACCAAUGUGUAAUUUUUCAACUAAUAUGGAAAUACCACGAGCAAUGUUUCACCACAAACCACCCCAAGGCCCACCUCCCCCUCCUCCACCUUCUUGUGCUCUUCAGAAAAAGCCAUUAACAUCCGAAAAAGAUCCACUUGGCAUUCUUGACCCUAUUCCUAGUAAACCGAUGAAUCAGAACCCUGUUAUCAUUAAUCCAACUAGUUUCCAUUCAAAUGUCCACUCUCAGGUACCUGUGAUGAAUGUAAGCAUGCCUCCUGCUGUUGUUCCUUUGCCAAGUAAUCUCCCUUUGCCAACUGUAAAACCUGGUCACAUGAAUCAUGGGAGUCAUGUACAGAGAGUUCAGCAUUCAGCUUCAACCUCCCUGUCCCCUUCUCCAGUGACAUCCCCAGUGCACAUGAUGGGGACUGGAAUUGGAAGGAUUGAGGCAUCGCCCCAAAGAUCACGCUCAUCUUCCACAUCAUCAGAUCACGGAAAUUUCAUGAUGCCACCUCUAGGACCCCAGGCCACGUGUAGUGGUAUUAAGGUUCCACCCAGGUCACCAAGGUCAACGAUAGGGUCCCCAAGGCCAUCAAUGCCAUCAAGCCCUUCUACCAAGUCCGAUGGACAUCAUCAGUACAAGGAUAUCCCUAACCCAUUAAUUGCUGGAAUGAGUAAUGUACUAAAUACCCCAAGCAGUGCAGCUUUUCCUACUGCAUCUGCCGGAAGUGGUUCUGUAAAGAGUCAGCCUGGUUUGCUGGGAAUGCCUUUAAAUCAGAUCUUGAACCAGCACAAUGCUGCCUCCUUUCCAGCAAGUAGUUUACUCUCAGCAGCAGCCAAAGCACAGCUAGCAAAUCAAAACAAACUUGCUGGUAACAACAGUAGCAGCAGUAGCAAUUCUGGAGCUGUUGCUGGCAGUGGCAACACUGAAGGACAUAGCACUUUAAACACCAUGUUCCCUCCUACUGCCAACAUGCUUCUCCCAACAGGUGAAGGGCAAAGUGGUCGAGCAGCACUAAGAGAUAAGCUGAUGUCUCAGCAAAAAGACUCAUUGCGAAAAAGAAAACAGCCACCUACCACAGUGUUGAGUUUGCUCAGACAGUCUCAAAUGGAUAGUUCUGCAGUUCCUAAACCUGGACCCGACUUGCUAAGGAAGCAGGGUCAGGGAUCGUUUCCCAUCAGUUCCAUGUCUCAGUUACUACAGUCUAUGAGUUGUCAAAGCUCUCACUUGAGUAGCAAUAGUACCCCGGGUUGUGGGGGCUCAAAUACUGCUUUGCCUUGCUCUGCUAACCAGCUGCAUUUUACAGAUCCCAGUAUGAACUCCACUGUUCUUCAGAAUUCACUGACACAGAACAUACCUUUAAGAGGGGAAGCCGUGCACUGCCACAAUGCAAACACUAACUUUGUUCACAGUAACAGUCCAGUCCCAAACCACCAUCUUGCAGGUUUAAUCAAUCAGAUUCAGGCUAGCGGGAACUGUGGGAUGCUCAGUCAGUCGGGCAUGGCUUUAGGAAAUUCAUUACAUCCCAACCCACCUCAGUCAAGAAUUUCAACGUCCUCCACUCCAGUGAUACCAAACAGCAUUGUUAGCAGCUAUAAUCAAACAAGUUCUGAAGCAGGCUGUUCAGGACCAUCAUCCUCCAUAGCCAUAGCUGGCACCAACCACCCCGCCAUCACAAAGACAACAUCUGUUCUUCAAGAUGGCGUCAUAGUCACCACCGCAGCCGGAAACCCACUGCAGAGUCAGCUGCCAAUUGGGAGUGAUUUUCCAUUUGUUGGCCAGGAGCACGCACUUCAUUUUCCAUCCAACAGCACUUCAAACAACCAUCUUCCACACCCCUUGAACCCCAGCCUCCUCAGUUCUCUACCUAUCUCUUUGCCAGUGAAUCAACAGCAUCUCCUAAACCAGAAUCUAUUAAAUAUCCUCCAGCCUUCAGCAGGAGAAGGCAAGUCUGAGAUCAACCUCCACCCUUUAGGUUUUCUCAACCCGAAUGUAAACGCUGCUUUAGCUUUUCUCUCCAGUGACAUGGAUGGGCAGGUCUUGCAGCCUGUUCACUUUCAACUCUUAGCAGCCCUGCUUCAGAACCAAGCCCACGCAGCUGCCAUGCUUCCCUUGCCAUCUUUCAAUCUGACCAUCUCAGAUCUUUUGCAACAGCAAAACACCCCUUUACCCUCAUUAACACAGAUGACAGCCCCACCAGACCAUUUGCCAAGCAAUCAGUCAGAGAACAGCCAAGCUGAGACCCUUUUAACCAGCCCCCUGGGGAACCCUUUACCAAGCUUUGCAGGCAGUGACACUACUUUUAACCCCCUGUUACUCCCAGCUGUCACUGGGGCCUCAGGAUUAAUGACCUUGAAUCCCCAGCUGUUGGGAGGUGUCCUGAACUCGGCAUCGGCCAACACCGCUAAUCAUCCAGAGGUUUCCAUAGCAACUUCUUCCCAGGCAACCACUACCACAACCACUACAUCAUCAGCAGUGGCAGCACUGACUGUCUCAACACUUGGUGGGACAGCAGUGGUGUCAAUGGCAGAAACAUUGCUGAAUGUAUCUAAUAAUGCUGGGAAUACAUCUGGUCCAGCUAAACUCAACAGUAACUCUGUGGUGCCACAGCUACUUAACCCUCUACUGGGGACAGGUCUGCUUGGUGACAUGUCCUCAAUAAACAAUACUUUGAAUAACCAUCAACUGACUCAUCUACAGUCGCUGUUAAACAACAAUCAGAUGUUUCCUCCAAAUCAGCAGCAGCAGCAACUUCUUCAGGGGUACCAGAAUCUUCAGGCAUUUCAAGGACAGUCCACAAUUCCUUGCCCAGCUAACAAUAACCCCAUGGCUUGUCUGUUUCAGAACUUUCAGGUGAGAAUGCAGGAAGAUGCAGCUCUCCUAAACAAAAGAAUAAGCACUCAGCCGGGGCUCACAGCACUUCCCGAAAAUCCAAACACUACACUUCCACCUUUCCAAGAUACAUCUUGUGAGUUGCAAUCUCGGAUUGACCCAUCUCUCAGUCAGCAGGUGAAGGAUGGUCUUGUUGUGGGUGGCCAAGGUGAUGCUUCUGUAGAUGCUAUUUACAAAGCCGUUGUUGAUGCAGCCAGCAAAGGAAUGCAGGUUGUCAUCACCACUGCAGUCAACAGUACAACUCAGAUCAGCCCCAUUCCAGCUCUGAGUGCCAUGAGUGCCUUCACUGCUUCAAUUGGUGACCCCUUAAGUCUCCCCAGUGCUGUCAGUGCGGUCAUUCAUGGACGAAACAUGAGCAGUGUUGAUCAUGAUGGGAGGCUGAGGAAUGCAAGAGGGGCUCGGCUGCCCAGCAAUCUGGACCAUGGGAAAAACUCAAAUGAAGGAGAUGGGUUUGAAUAUUUCAAGUCAGCAAGUUGCCACACAUCUAAAAAACAAUGGGAUGGGGAGCAAAGCCCUGGAGGGGAACGAAACAGGUGGAAGUGUGAGGAAUUUUUAGAUCAUCCAGGCCAUAUCCACAAUAGUCCUUGUCACGAAAGGCCCAACAAUGUCUCUACACUGCCAUUUCUGCCUGGGGAACAGCACCCAAUACUGUUACCACCAAGAAACUGUCAAGGGGAUAAAAUUCUGGAGGAAAAUUUCAGGUAUAAUAACUACAAAAGAACUAUGAUGAGUUUUAAGGAGAGACUAGAGAACACUGUGGAAAGAUGUGCACACAUUAAUGGGAACAGACCUCGACAGAGUCGGGGCUUUGGAGAGCUGCUGAGCACCACAAAGCAAGACCUGGUCCUAGAGGAACAAUCUCCGAGCUCCUCAAAUAGCUUGGAAAGUUCUCUGGUCAAAGACUACAUCCAUUACAAUGGAGACUUUAAUGCCAAAAGCAUUAAUGGGUGUGUACCUAGCCCUUCAGAUGCUAAAAGCAUCAGUAGUGAAGAUGACCUAAGGAAUCCAGACUCCCCCUCUUCAAAUGAGUUGAUACAUUAUAGGCCAAGGACGUUCAACGUUGGCGACUUGGUCUGGGGCCAAAUCAAAGGACUGACUUCCUGGCCUGGAAAAUUAGUAAGAGAAGACGACGUUCACAGUUCUUGUCAACAAAGCCCCGAGGAAGGGAAGGUCUGGGUAAUGUGGUUUGGUGUUCAUGCCUUCACUCAGGUGGAGCCGGAGAAGUUGAAGACACUAACAGAAGGUUUAGAAGCCUACAGCCGAGCCCGGAAAAGGAACAGAAAAAGUGGAAAGCUAAAUAACCAUUUAGAAGCUGCUAUUCAUGAGGCCAUGAGUGAACUGGACAAAAUGUCUGGGACUGUUCACCAAAUCCCACAGGGAGACAGACAAAUGAGACCCCCCAAACCCAAGAGGAGGAAGAUCUCCAGAUAACAGGGACUACUCCACCCAUGUGCAGUGUUUAUUAAAGGAGUGUGCACAGAGAGAACUGUCUAUAAGUAUUGAUACAGCCUCUGUUAUAUCAAUAUUUAUAUGAUGGCAGACAGUUACCACCACCACAGGGUGCUAAAAGAAACAGUGAUACAGUAUUUUUUUGAUCAGGAAGGAUAAAGAAUGCUUGAGAACCAAUCAGGAUCCCCUGAAUGAUGAAAGUGAUAAAUGGUCAAGAGAUUACUGAGAAACUCUUUUUUUCUACAGUACUAAAAUUGUGAUUAUAAGAAAUAGUCCAAAUGUUUCUGAAGAAUUUUCAAUGUUGUAUAUAGAAAAUACAGAAUUUCAUGGUGAUAUCAGAAAUGUAAAUAUUGUACAAUAUUGUCAUGUACAAGCGUACCUAAUGCACACUUUAUCUUUUAUUGUACAAAGAAAUAGUGUACAAAAUUCUUUGGUUUCUAUGGAGUACACCUACCAGAGACUACAAGUGUAAAGUGAUAAAUAAAAAUACAACCUAAAUGCUUUUCUAUGAUAAUGUAAAAGAUGCUGUUUUUGUAUUUAACAGCAGAGAAAAGGCAUGAUAAUGUAUUACCUGAAUUAUGACAUACACUGCACACCACUGAGUGUCCAUUUAUAUUGUCUGUUUGGAAUGAACCUUGCCUGGAAGCACUGGACUUGAUUUCGGGUGUCUAGGAAAUCAAAACCUUGCAGAUUUCUAACGGAACGAGGGCUCACAGGUCUAAAUUAAGAAUUCAGAAACUGCAACCAUUUGUUGCAUAUUUUUUUUACCUAAGUUUUAGACUAGAAUAGGUUUUAUAAAAAAUCUUAGAUGAGAUAUUUUACUCAGUCAUUUCUGUAGUUAACAUUUGAUAGCCACCUUUUGAACUAGAUAGCAUAUGCUGCACUACCAUUGAUGCUCAGAGUUGAGGUUUUUUUGCAAACAGUACUUGACAAGAUCAAACUUUCUGUUGCCAUACAUGGAGGCAGAGCCCCACUUUGAAAUUAUUUUCAGAGGCAAGGCUGAUUAUAAUUCAGUUUUUCUGUGUAGCAGCAAAAAUAAGUAUGAACCAUCAAAGCAAGUUUUAUAUCCAUUCAUCAGUAUUACUUACACCAGAGGUUAAGGGUGGCUUACAAAAUUAUUAGCAGUGGUAAUUUUUUAUCAGUAUUAUGUAACAUAUCAGAUUUAUUUUAUUUAAAGAAUUAUUUAUACCAUUAUCAGAUUCUUAUAUAUAUAUUAAUGUGGCUGAAAUGUGCAGGUUGAAUCUAUUAACCAAAUUAUUUAUAUUAUAUUAAGUAAGAAAAAAAAUGUGAAACAAAUGUAGAGAGAAAAUACUACAUUGCAAGCAUACAAACCUAAAACUGUGAGCCAUUGUAAAGUACAAGGUUAUUAAUAAGAAAUGUAGCACAACAUAAUUUUCCAUCUUUUUUCCCACAGUUCUUUUGUGGUGGUGGUAUAACCCUAUCUCCCAGGCAAUUGAGCCAAGUUUCAGGCUUCCAGCCUGACUUCAACUGAUGGAUUGUCCAGGAAGGGAUCCCUUUUCCUUUCAUUUUUAGAACCACCAACCCCACUUCCAAGCCCUUAACCCUCUGGAGAGCUCUGCCUCUUCCCCUAACCUGGAGCUCACUGGACAGCUUAAUGCUCCAGCUGCAGGGGGGACCUUCCAUUGGUAGCUUCUGAACCCCCUAAUGCCCCUCACUUCCCUUCUCCUCUUCUCUCAUCCACCUCACCCCCAACUCCUCAGUCCAUGAUGUAGCAGAGUUCCAGUAACUCAGGAAAAAGGAGACCAAGGUCAUUCCCCCAUGUGGUUUCUUGGGGCCACAGCACAGAGCACUCCACCUGGGCUCACUUUUGAUAUCAACAGCUCUUAGUUCUUCCCCUGGGUCUCCUGUGUCUCUCUGUCCUUUCCACCCCCACCCCCACCCCACCCCCAAGCCUGAUGGAAUGCAACUGGCCACACUGGGCUUCAUGGCCUGGAGGCAGGAACCCUUCCUUCUGGGGGUAGGUUGAGUUUGUCUUUGGUGUCAUGGUGGGAUUAGCUGCCUGGUCCUUCCUUCACACGGUCACCCAAAGUAACCUUUUGUGUUUAGUUAACAUAUUUUUGUUAUAAGUUGAUGUGCUUGGUAUGUUUAAACCAUUAAUGUUGUCCUUUUUUUGUGGGGUUUUUUUUUUUUUUUUUUUUUUUUGCAUCAAUCUGCUUUUCUACUGUUCAUCCGCAUGGUUGAUUUUCUUCACAGAUUCACAGCAUACGUGUGUUUGUGUUUUAGGAGUGUCUGCAUAUAUGUGGGGGGUGGUGUUGAUAUGUAGAAGUUUUUUUAACCUUUGCUUUUUGUCAACAGUCCGAGUUUGUGUCUACCAAGCCUUCUUUUUACUAUUUUAAGCUAAUUAGGUUUGUGUUUCUCUCACCCAUGUAUACUUUACAUCAGAGACAAUGUAAAGUAUGUUUGUGCCCAUGAUGUCACUGGUUGCUUGCGGCUUCAUGUGGGUGCUAGGUGUUGUUUCAGUCCACGUGGGUUUUUUUUUUUCCUCUCUUUUAAUAGUUAUUCAAUCUCAUGUAAGCAGUUAAUGCAAAUAUUGUUAGCAUUACAGGUCAUGCAGUGCUGUAACAUUUUUUUAAAUGUUGCACCUACUUUACAAUUAAAACAUUGGUCACUCAUACUUGAAUUUUGCCCACACAGCCAUUUCUUUAUCUUUGUAUUAAAGCCAAUUCAUUUUUUUUAAAUGAAGCCUAGCCCUUUGACCUUAGUACAUUUUUUAUUUCCGAAAAUAAACUUUUUUUCAACCAAUCUGAGAAUGGAAACAGAAAGAAAAGUUUUUGCACCUUUAGAAACGUAAUAGUCCCUCUUGGAAAAGGAAAUCUAAUUUUGCUUUGAGCCCUUUAAAAGUUUUAGGAAGCACAAGGAGAAUAAACUACACUUUUCAGUGGUUUUUAAAGAUUAUUUCAAAUGUGUGAGACCUAAUUGAGCAACUUUUGUUUAAUUUGUCUUGUUUGUAGCAUUAAAAGCAAUCGGUUUUUAUUUAUUUAGAGGGACAUUUUUGGCUUGUACUUUUCAGUCUCAUUGUGCAUGUAAAUUCUUUGAGAAGAAUACUCAUCCCUUGUGAUGUCAUGGGCCACUUUUAGUCUUUCAUUUGAACCCUGACUUUGAGUUAUUUGCUAUGUCUGUGUUCUAAGUAAACACAGUUUCUUUUUUUGAACAUAACACUGCAGAAUGUGGGGAGAAGUAGAGGGUGGUUAUUCUGCUUUCUGUAAGUUUUAUGAAGAUUCUCAGCUGACUUAUCCCAUGAGGUGAUUCUUUUUUCAUUUCAGACCACAGUAACACGUUUUCGUUAACUUUGGUGAUCUUCCAUGCAGUUUGCAAUGUGCCCUUGUAAGCCACAAGUGGUUUUGCAUUGAUAUUUUUAAAUCUAAAAUAUUAAGAUGCUGGUGACAUUGCUCUUUCUGUAAAGAAAGCCAAGAUUCUAGACCUUACCAAAAAUCUGAUAUCCUGUUCGUUUUGCCCAUUUAUGCCCAAAUGGUGUAAUGCAAGACUCAAGACUUUUCAAUGUAAUGUAUAAAAUGAGUUGUGCAUUACUUGAUUCAUUUGGGGACCAGAAGCAAAUAAUAUCAAUCAGCCAGAACUGUAAUAUUGAAUUAGUCUAUCUUUUUCUUUCAUUCACUCUAUCACAUUUGCAUUAGCCAAAGAGAUAAGAACAUUAGUAAUUCAUAUGUGUAAACAACCCAGAAGUGAAUAUUCAAUCAGUGAGCCAAAAAGCAAUAAACAACUCAAGCAUGGGAAAUCCUGCUAACAGUGGGAAGUCUGAUAUAGAAAAAAAUAUAUAAAAAGCAUUAUCUUCAAAUAUGAAAGAUUAACUUGUAUCUACUGUAAAUAUGUAUUAUCAGCCUUAUCUGCUUUUAUACACACUGUGUGUGUACUGCAGUGACCUUUUAUAAACCGAAAAAAUGGUUGAUUUAAUAAUUUGUUAUGUAAAUACAAAGUUGUCUAUAAAUUGGAAAAUUUGAUGCCAGAUGGCUUCACAAUAUACAAAUGUGUUUUGUAACAUCAUGCCUUUAUGGAUUAAGUCUAAAUACACUGGAUUGUCUGUGUAGAAGAGUAGCAAUCUACAUUUCACCUGCAUAUCAAAUGGAUAUUUUUGUCCAAAUGGUUAUACUUUAGGAAAAGAAAAUGACCUGAACAUUUUCAGUGUGAAACAAAUAUGGUUUUGAAUUCACCAAAACUUCUUUUCAUGUUCAAGAGUCUGUUCAGUUCCACACUAAAUGACUCGUAUUAAGAGAUUUCCAUAGCAGAUUCAUGGGUUUGAGGCUGGGAUCUGCCUAGGAAGCCUCCCCAAACUGAAAUAUUCUAUUGUAGAGAUAGGUUGUGCAUCUUAAUUUCUAAAUCACAGGCAGGGGAAGAACCACAGUCUUCUUAUUGCUUUUUAAUUUAUUCUUCUCUUCUUUGUUUUCAUACAUCAUGGAAAACACCACACAGGCAAGCAGGGCCUGGUUCUCUUGCGCUAAGGUGGCUACAGAGUGUCACCCCGACUCAGGGCUGCUCAACACCACUGACAUUUUGGGUGAGCUCAUUCUUUGCACAGGGGCUGUCCUGUGCAUUGUAGGAGGUUUGGCAGCCUCCCUUAGCUCUACUCACCAGAUGCCAGGAGCAUCCCUUCUAAAUUGUGACAAUCAAAAUUGACUCCAGACAUUGCCAAAUAUCUCUGGGGGUGUGAGGUGGGGCGGGGGUGGGAGACAAAGUGAUAUUUGAAAACCACUGCAUUAGUAGAAUCAGUGAUGGAACAUAUGUCUGGGUGAAAUGUAGACAUGUUUGGCAUGCUGUUAGCAACAGGAAACUGAUUCCUAGAUCAAAGUCUGAAACAAAACCCAUGCCAAAGGAGUGCUUCUCAGUCCCUGGUUAAGGAAGUGAAUACAUUGGCUUCAGUUCCAUUUUGGACACAUUUGUCACUUUUGAUCAUAAGACUGACCCAGGACAAACAUCUUUGGAGAACUCCCAGGUAGGGCGAAGAGGAAUUACUGCCAUCCUGUGGUUGGGAGUUUGGGAGAAGACUGAUGGCUCACUUGGGUGGAAGGCUUCCCAGUGAUAGUGUAGCUGUCUCCUUGAGUCCAGAUGAGGAGUUUGGUUAAGAGGAUGUGUAUGUAUGUACGUUUAUAUGUAUCUAUUUCUUCAGCUCUCUCUAGUAGCCUGGUUCAGGUAUUAGCAGUUUUUGUGGGAUCCUCUUUUAAGUUCUGACAGAAACAGCUCUAUAGAUCCUGGAGAUAAUAUUGUGCAUUUAUUCAUUCAGUAGAUAUUUACUGAGUCCCACUCUAUGCCACACCCCAUCUGCAGCAAAGUGAGUAAGACACCUGUUUUCUGCCCUCACAGAGCUGCCUAAGGAGGAGGCCACUUAACCAUGUAAGUAUGAUGAAGGGUGAUAAGGGCUGGGGCGAGGGAAGCACAUCACAGGCCCCUGGCCCAGUUUAAUGGGUGUGAGGGCUUGAGUGAGGACCAGGGAAAGAUGACUCAGUAUUAGACAAAGGAGAAGUGUGUGGCCUGGGGGAGGGUAAAGGAGAGCUUGUUCCAGGCAGAGGGAAGGGCUUGUGUGAGGCUGGAGGUUAGAGGAAGCAGGAGAGAAGAAUAGUUAUGGAGUAAAUUGCAACGGGAGAGAAGUGGAGCAAAGAGCAAAGCGGGGUCUUGGCGCUUCGCACCAACACGGCACUGCAGCCUGGCAGAAAUGGGGACUCGUGGGUUUUUCAGGAGGAGGCGAUGUGAUCACGUUUGUGUUUUAGAAAGAUUAAUCUGACUGUAAGGUGAAGGAAUGGGCAGCCGGAAGGGAACAUCAAGUGCAGCAUUUUUUAAAUAAUUGAUUUACGGUAUUAAUUUCAUAGUGAUUCAAGAUUUUUAUAGAUUAUACUCCAAAGUUCUUAUAAAAUAUUGGCUAUAUUCCAGGUGCAGCAUUUCUUAAAAGUAAAAUUUUUUAAAGAUCUGGGCCCACCAUAAUUCUUCAUAUUACAUUUAUUGAGCCAGUUCCGUUCCAGUCCUGAGAGGUAUGUAUAGAACCAUCUUUGUGUAAAGUCACUUUAACAGUCAUGAAGAAAUGCUGUGUAGUGCACUUACAGUGUCUGCCAACAACAUGAUGCCCUAUUUCUGUCACACAAAUUAGGGCUCUAUUGGUAGAGCAAUAAUGUUUCUCCUUUGGUGAUAAGAGGUUGGGAAUGUUGGAAAUCCCAAAGCAUUUUGUGAGAUUGUUAGAAAACAAGGCCUGCUUCCUGGAAUGCACAGGUAGGUAUAGGUCUGGUCCAGCCACUUGGCACCAUAUCCCUUCAUCUUACACAUCUCACUGAAAAAGGAAGCUUCAGAGGAGCAUGCACGAUGUCAGAGGUAUCAGGUGAGCACCAAAGGUUAUGGAAGCACAGGAACAUGGGACCACGGGAGUCAGGCCAUCUGGCUACAAGGACCUCUGCCCCACAGCAGGGGAGACCACAAUGGCCUUUCAUCAUCCAUUCCGGCCGGUGAUUAUACACAUGCCCUGCAAAGUAUUCCCAACCACAAUUAGUCACCUCCUACAUUCAAUGAACAUUGAACUUAAGGGCUUUUCAAAGCUAAUUAUCUGGGGUGGGGUUUUUUUUGUUUUUUGGGUUUUUUAAAGGCAGAACCAAUGCAAUAACAGGCAUCCAAUCCUAUGAUCCAGACACCAACAAAUAGCCCUUCUCUCUAGACAGGGUCUUGUACACAGGAAAUGGAGCCUCAACAGGGAGGCAGCCUGUUAUAAUGGUUAUAAAUUGUUCUUCUGAGGGGGUCGUCUAUAUUCCCAUCUAGGCUAUGCCACUAACUAAUUGUUUGACUUUGGGCAGGUUACUUAACCUAUCUGUGUGUAGCUUCCUCAUCUAAAAAAAAGAGGGAUAAUAACAACACUUCCUUCCUGGGGUUGCUUAGAGGAUUGAAUGAGAUAAUGCAGAUAAACUCUUAGUGCCUGGCACAUAGCGGGCACUCAGGGACUGGUGAUUAAGCUGCAGUUGGAAAGAUUCAGAUUAGAAAAGGGAACUUGCUGCCAGGGAAAGCGGUUGUCAAACACAAGGAGGAGCCCUGUGUAGAAUUGCUGUCUCCCCAGGAAGCCUUUAAAGGUGGAGUGGUUUACCUGUCCCGAGGCCUUUUCUGGUGCUUUCCAUUUAGCCCAGAGUUUCAGAAUCUGCUACCUGGGGUAUUCCUUAGAAUUCCAUUGUCUGUAGUGCUACAUGCAGAAAUGGACCAGCAAAAUGAUCUCCCAAUAAACUAGUCUGGAAAAUGAUUUCUCCAAGAAGUGUAUAGGCAGCACAGAAACAGAACUUCUAACCUUCAGCCACAAAGUGAAGUUAGAACUGGCCCUUCGAAUAAGUAGCUCAAGCUAUGAAAAGUUAAAUAAGUUAUAAGCAACCAAAUCAGGGAAUGCAAAGUUUAGUCCAGGGAAAAGUGUAUUUGACCUGACCGAAAUUCAGUGUCCUCGUUCUUGCCACUGACUGGCUUCAUGAUUUAGGACAAAUCACUGAUAAGACGCCUAGGUUGUGACUCCAGCCAUUCAGUGGCUAUUGUGACCUCAGGCAAAUUACCCUCUAAGGACUUUAGUUUCAUCAUCUGAAAAUAAGGGCAAUAGGAUCAUAAAAUUGUUUGAGGAUUACACAGAUUAAUCUGUGUGAAGCACUUAGAAGAGUGUGGGCUUAGAGGAAAUGCUAUGCAAGUCGAGUUCUCUAUUGCUAUCGCUGUUAAUAAUAGUGGUGGAACCUCACUCAGUUCCUUCAUCUCCAGAUUCAAGCAAACAACACAGCCCUCGCUUAUGUUAAAGAAGGAACCAGUCUUCUGUGGGGUACUCAUUUAAGGGGGUCUUGCUGUUCACCUUGGACCAUUUAUUUCUCUUCCCUGAUUUCAACACAGGUACUCUUGAGAGGAGUAAGACUUUGAACUGAGCAAGUGGCCGGAGGUUCCCAAAAGAUUUGACAAUAUGGAGGGUGAGAAGAUGUUCAUAACUAUCCUAGGAUGAGCUUCCUCAGAAGACUGGCACGAAAAUAAAAAGAGAUGAUACAUUGAGAUAUGCUUUCAGAAGAAGAGAGGAAAGAAUAAAUAAUCUGAUAGUAUA